AUGCUUGAUGUGGUUGCACUGUUUAUUACUCCUGUGGAUUCUCAUACAUCCCGAUUUAAAUACUUUGCGAAUCGAGAUCCCAUGGAAAUUAUUUACAGAAUUAAAAAAGAAGAAGAAUUACUGGCGAUCAAGGAUGAAUCUUCGAUGAAAAAUAAUGUCACAUCAAAACUACAACAACACAACGCUCGAACUACUUCUAUUGUGCCACAUUCGAGACUGGAAAAUACAAAUAACCAAUUAAUGAUUUUAAGGGAUCCUGUCAUUUCCAAUCCCUCAUGGUUAGUUCAUGUGACACCUCUCUCCUCUCCUGUAAAUUCUACCAAUAUGGUUGUUCAUAUAUUGACUAAUUCAUUGAUGGGAAAGAUGUUUCAAUACAUGAUUAAGACAUUUGAGAAAGUAAGGAAAGAAAGAAAUCAGCAGUCGAUUGCUACUGUGUUACCCAUGACCAAAGUUGUUAAUCAAGUAUCACCACAAAUACUGAACACAAAAUCCUUACUUGACCCUUCUCAAGUGAAAUAG